CUCAAGCCUAUAUAUAUAAACACCCCGUUACCCAUACUCUCAAACAAUUAUAAAGUCAAGUGCUUCUCUAAUAAGUGUUUUGUGAGGUAGAACUGAAUGGCAAGAAUGUCAGACCCUCUUGUGAUUGGCAGGGUGGUGGGAGAUGUUGUGGAUAACUUCACUCAAUGUGUGGAUAUGUCUGUGACGUACAACUCAUCAAAGCAAGUUUACAAUGGGCAUGAACUGUUUCCGUCAUCUGUCACUACUAAACCUAAAGUUGAUGUUCGUGGUGGUGAUAUGAGAUCCUUCUUUACUCUGAUCAUGACAGACCCAGAUGUUCCUGGUCCAAGUGAUCCGUAUCUCAGGGAGCACUUGCACUGGAUUGUCACAGAUAUCCCAGGCACAACGGACUCCUCAUUUGGAAAAGAGGUAGUGAGCUAUGAAAUACCAAGGCCAAACAUAGGAAUUCACAGGUUUGUGUUUCUGCUUUUCAAGCAAAGGGGAAGGCAGACUGUCAAUUGUCCACCUUCAAGGCAUGGCUUCAACACUCGCAAUUUUGCUCAUGAGAAUAAACUAGGAUCGCCUGUCGCUGGUGUCUUCUUCAACUGCCAGAGGGAAACUGCGGCAAGAAGGCGCUAAUUAUGUUAUUUAAUUACCUCGUUAACUAUAAACGAUGCUGAUAAUUCAUAACCGAACAUGGACGGGUUGUUAACGUAUGAUUGCUGCUAGUAUAUGUAUCCGAAGUAUCUGGUGUUUAGAAUAAAGAAGUGGGAGUGGAAUAUUGCUAAUUAACCUACCUGUAUUAUACCACAUAUUUGCCAACUUAUAAUGAGCUCCAGCUUUAGUUUUUUCUA